CUAGCUUUGCUGUGAAAAGCUCUGGAAACUUCCUCCUUCACAGUUCUCUAUUGGGGGGGGAGAGCAUGGUUACAAGAGAUACAACCCCUUCCCCAUUCUCAGGAGACUGGACUGGAUGAGGGCCAGUGCUCCAACAUGCAAGAAGUAGCCCUCCACUUGCUGGUCCUCUUGGCAGGCUUGCCUGCCUUGGAAGCCAACGACCCAGAAGAUAAAAACAGUCCCUUCUACUAUGACUGGUACAGUCUCCGGGUCGGUGGGCUCAUCUGUGCAGGUGUCCUGUGUGCCAUUGGCAUCAUUGUGCUCAUGAGUGGGAAAUGCAAGUGUAAGUUCAGCCAAAAGCCCAGCCACCGUCCAGGGGAAGCCCCACCUCUCAUCACUCCAGGCAAGAUGGGACAGCUGGGGGCUGGUGUGUGUGUGUGUGUGUGUGUGUGUGUGUGUGUGUGUGUGUGUGUGUACACAAGUGUCAAGGAGAUAAAGAGCUUGAUCCAUACUCACAAGCUGAUCCCUUCAUCUCCCUCAGGCUCUGCCCAUAGCUGUUGAAGAUGGAUCUGUCUAAAGCCUUUGCCUUUCCAUUUCCAAAGCCUGGAUGGACCAUUUCUUCCUCUCCAAGGACUGCCUUGCCAGGACUUCAUUCCCCUACCACUGGAGAGACUGUUCUGUUCAGUCACUGAUCUAAAGUGGUCUUGCCUCCUGCUCA